CGAACGGGCCACGGGGCUCUUAUGAAUGGCUCGACGGCCAUUGUUUUAUUUUCACGUGAAUUAUGAAGAUGAGGAGGCCAGUCCCGCAAAUACCGCGAUUAAUGCUACCGAUACCCGAUAAACGAGUCAGCGCCCCUUAUCUAAUUCAAAUUGUGCACCUACGGCUUACAUUGAUUCUAAUCUGAAUUCUAAUCUACGAUUGUCGGACGGUGGACGAAUGUCGUUAUUGUUAUGAGACUUCGCGAAUGGAGGCACCGCACAAUAGCAACGUUUAUUCACUGACAUUCUGUUUAAUAAAUCAUUAAGAUGUCGAAACGCUGGGGUAGAGAUUAUGUUGUCACGGAGCAUCGAGAUCUACAGGCCAACACCAUGGCUGUCGAUGUUACGGGUAACCAUGUACUUUUAGCAGGACGUAGGUACCUGGCAGUAAAGCAUCUUAACGAAGAGUCGGAGCCACUUAAAAAGUUUCAUCGACAGAGCAAAUAUGAAGUGGGAUCCGCCGAAUGGAAUCCCAGCUUAGCCAAUUGUCAUUUAUGUGCAAUAUCCAGUAAUACUCGUGUGGAAAUUUUAAGUUUCAUGGGUAACAAUGGUAAUGAUUUGCAACCCAUGCACAGUUUACGCGCGCAUACGAGAGUUGUUAGCGAUUUAAAUUGGCAUCCUAAAGAUCCUGAUGUAUUGGCUACGUGUAGCAUCGAUACCUACAUUCAUAUUUGGGAUAUCAGAGAUCAACGAAAACCAAGUUUGUCACUCUCGGCUGUAGCUGGUGCAUCGCAAGUACGAUGGAAUAUUUUAUCUCCAAAUAUGCUGGCAACCGCGCACGACGGUGAUAUUAAAAUAUGGGAUCAACGUAAAGGAAAUAGUCCUAUACAAUACAUUGCAGCUCACUUGACAAAAAUUCAUGGAUUGGACUGGUGCCCGUUUCAUCAAAAUCAAUUGGCCACGUCCAGUCAGGACUGUACGGUUAAAAUUUUUGAUACAAACAAUCCUCGUAGAGCUGAAAGUAUUCUCACAACAAAUUCUCCUGUUUGGAGAGCUCGAUACACGCCAUUCGGCGAAGGUCUAGUUACGAUUGUUGUACCACAAUUACGCAGAGGUGAAAAUAGUCUUUUGUUAUGGAACACUUCUAAUUUAUCAGCACCAAUUUAUACAUUUGUCGGGCAUACCGAUGUUGUUCUAGAAUUUCAGUGGCGUCAACCAAGAUCAGAAAAACAUGAUUUUGAACUUAUUACGUGGUCCAAAGAUCAGUGCCUGCGAAUCUUCAAAAUUCCACCUUUAUUGAAAAAGUUAUGUGGACAUGAUAUGGACGAUGGUAACUGUGUUUAUACACAAUAUUCGGAAGAAAAUAACUUAAGAAAUUUACAAUCCGUGCAAGAAUUACAAUUGCACGAAUCAAAUAACGAACGUGAAUUAAGCUAUCCGAAACCAAAUAUGGACUCUACAAUCUUAAAUCAUGACAAUGAAAUUUCUAAACUUGAAAAGGAGACACCAUCGCCCACUCAACCAAAAACUUUACAACAAGAAUUUUCUUUGAUUAAUAUGAAUAUACCAAAUAUAGAAGUUAAUACAAUGGAUGCAAUAGAGAGAAGUUGCACAGUAACUGCAUCUAAUAAAAACUACAAUGUUGUGCUGAAAGUUAAUUUUCCAGGGAAUUACCCGUACAGUGCACAACCCACAUUUCAGUUUUGUCCUGGAACAACCAUAGAUAAUUCGAUAAUGACGAAACUUCUUAAAGUAUUAAAGCAAACCGCACAACAGAGAGUGAAAAAAAAUCGAUCUUGUUUAGAGCCUUGUUUAAGACAGUUAAUUAUCACAUUAGAACAGACCUGUGUUAAGGAUGAAACAGAAAACGAUCAUCUGAGUUAUCAUAUACAGCAUACUGAAAAUUUUCUAAACUCAAAUAAAAUAUGUUCAAAUUAUCAAGAUGCAUACAUUCCUUUUCCACGAACAUCAGGCGCCAAAUUUUGUAGCGUAGGUAUACUAGUCUGCUUUGGUCGCUCUUCUUAUGCGAGACGAACAUCUAUAAAACCUGAAGGAUCAACGCCCCGUGCUUUAUCUGCCCUUGGAUCAAGCAUUAACAACGGAGGGCACUUUAUGCAAAUUUAUCCAAACACAUAUGUUCAAUCCAACGAUAAUAUUUCAAUAAGUUCUUUUUAUUUUCAAGAUCGUGUAUCAAGGAGAAGCGGUCACAAUCAGAAUAGAACACAUUCAAAACCAAAUUAUAAAACUUAUCAUAGUUUAGUAACAAUAUAUGAUGCAUCGUCACUUUUUUUUGUUAAUAAAGAGUUAGCAGAAAAAUACAUAAUUAACACAACCGAUAUACCUGCAAUGUGUAACUAUAAUGCAAACGUAGCUGCUAGUUUAGAGAGACCCGACCUUGUGCAAGCUUGGUGUCUAGCCGCUUUAGUUAUUUCACAUCCUUUAACUAAUUCUCAAAAUACAUCUAAUCAGACAACGGAAGCAGAUGCCUCCUGGUCUUUACAUCCAUUUGGACAGAAUCUAAUUCACUCCCUAAUACAACAUUAUGUAAAUCAAUCUGACAUACAAAUGGCUGGUAUGCUAAGCUGUGCGUUUAGCUAUAGAUCUGAAAAUUCCGACAUGUCACAAAAUCGUUUUAUCAGUAAAUCUGUAAAUGUCAGCAAGCUUUUUACUGGAAAGUGGUGGCUAAAGCCCGGUGGAUCACCUUAUCAUACAAUCCAUCCUGCAGAUACAACUUUAGAAGGGUGGAAUUUUCCCAAUUUAAAACAAAAUCGCUCUAAUUCUUGGUCAGAAUCGUUAGAUGGAUUUCAAAUUCAAGAUACAUGCGCCGAGUAUGGACGUAAUAUAAGACUUUUAGAUGAAAAAAAUACUUCCUUAUAUGACGCAUACAAAAAAGCAUAUGCUGAAGUUUUACACAGGUGGAAAUUAUUAGAUGCGCGAGCACAAGUAUUAAAGCAUGUUAAUUCCACUUCACUUGACACGCAUAAAAGUAUUGAAUUUCAAAGCGAAUGUCUGAUAUGUAACAAAUCGAGUAAAGGGCCCCAAUGCUCUACUUGCAAACGACUAACUUUUCAAUGUGCUGUAUGCCAUAUUUCCGUUAGAGGACCCAGCAAUUUUUGUAUAGGUUGCGGACACGGAGGUCACACAUAUCAUUUAGCAACAUGGUUUACGAAUGAAACUGUUUGCCCAACUGGCUGUGGUUGCUGUUGUCUUCAAGAAAAUAUGAGCCUAUUGAAAAUGUAAAUUCGAUGUAUAUUUUUGUGCUUAAAAAGAUAAGAAAUGUAAAAUAA